AUGACGGACAGCGCUGCCGUAACGAUCGCUACGGGUGCAAGGUCUGCUUUCGAAAAGUCUCAGUUGCUACCAGCGUCGGAGCGUAUCACGGCCUUGAAUGAAAUCAGGAAGGAACUGGAGGCAAGCAAAGAUGAGAUUCUAGCCGCUAACAAAAAGGACCUCGAGCUGGCCCAGCACGAGGUUGAUGCGGGUCGCAUGUCGGAGUCCCUGCUGAAACGCCUCGAUCUGAACAAAGGAGACAAAUGGGAAUCUACCCUGCAGGGUAUCACGGACGUCGCCAUCCUUGCUGAUCCUACUGGGCGUAUAACAUACGCGUCGGAACUAGAUGACGGCUUGGAGUUAUAUCGAGUGACAUGUCCGAUCGGCGUACUUCUGGUUAUCUUUGAGGCUCGCCCCGAAGUAGUAGUGAAUAUCGCUGCUCUUGCUGUCAAAUCCGGAAACGCUGCAAUCCUGAAAGGGGGCAAAGAAUCUAGCAAUACUGUAGUAUCAUUGUCUCAAGCAAUCCAGAGGGCACUUGCACGGACGAGUCUUCCCGAUACCUAUAUUCAAGCCAUCCAAACCCGAGCAGAAGUGUCAUCCUUGCUCGAGCUAGAUCAGUACAUUGAUCUAGUUAUCCCCAGAGGAAGUAACAGCCUCGUUCGCAGCAUCCAGAAUAGCACGCGGAUACCAGUUAUGGGCCACGCCGACGGCCUAUGCAAUGUCUAUCUGGAUAAAUCUGCGGAUACUGAGAAGGCAGUCAGGGUUGUAGUUGAUUCCAAGGUCGACUAUCCCGCCGCCUGCAACGCUGCCGAGACUCUAAUCGUUCACGAAUCGGUGCUACACACAGUUUGGCCUAUGGUUGCCCAAGCACUUGUGCAAGCAAACGUCCAGCUCCUAUGCGAUCCCCCCACGCUGAAAGCCCUAUGGAACAUCUCUCCUCCGCUGCCUCAGCUUCGCACCCAUGUGCACUCGUCUAUCCCUUCGUCUUAUACCACAGAGCACCUGUCUCUCACUCUCUCGGUGGUCUCACUACCCUCCCUUUCCUCAGCCAUCCAAUGGAUCAAUUCGCAUUCGUCGCACCAUACGGAUUGCAUCGUUACGGAAUCUGAAGAGGCCGCGUCUCUAUUCUGUAGAGGUGUCGACUCGGCGGGGACGUUCGUCAACGCAAGCACCCGCUUUGCUGACGGCUUCCGGUACGGGUUCGGGACUGAAGUCGGGAUCAGUACGGGUAAGAUCCACGCGCGGGGCCCCGUUGGCCUGGAGGGAUUAGUUAUUUACAAGUACAUCUUGCGGAGCAAGGGCAGCCAGGGACAUGUUGUCGGAGAGUUUGGCGUCGGGGCAGGGAAGAAAAGGUACAAGCAUGCAGACAUCAACCCUUCCAGUUUGCCAUUUUGA